AUGGAUUUUCAAAACGUAAAUCUUCUGAACGUACGAAUAAAUUUGCUGUCUGGCAACUUGUUUCCAAUGACAACAGAUAAUUCGCGAUUCCCCAUUGGCUGGAAGAUAUAUAGUGCUGUUAUAUGGUUGAUGAUCUUAGCCAUAGUUAUUGCGUUUUUUAUUGGGUUUAACAUGGUGUCCAAGAUGAAAGCUAUAAGCGACGGCAUGAUUGGCACCGUGUUCGUCGCAGAAGUAUUCUUCAUGGUCGUGCGUAUUCACGCGCACAGGGAUCUGAUUGUACAAUUAAUCAGAAAUAUGAAUGACAUUCUUCGCGUUCAGGACGAGACCAUGAGGUGCAUUGUGAUGGCUUCUCUAAAACUGAUGCAUUCUCCAUUCAAAUUUUACUGGUUGUCUGGCGUCACAACCGUGGUAAUUUGGAUCGGCGUGCCGCUCACGGCAGUCUUCAGAAAGAAUUCUUUCUUCUAUGAGGAUUACAGAUUGCCGUUUGCCAUCUCCAAGCAGCCAUUCUCAACGGAAAUUUUCCUGUUGGGUGGUUUUAUGUUGGUACUCUGCAGCGUGUAUGUUAUUUUUAAAAAGGCGGCCGUGGACAUCUAUAUGUUGAAUUUUGUGAUGUUGAUGACAGCUCAAUAUCGUUACAUUGCGGUAAAACUUCACAAACUAUUUCAAGAAAAAUAUUCGCAGGAUAAACGUGCUAAUUCUCGAAUGAAAAAUAUAGAUUUAGGGGCAGAAACAGAGAUGAUAGCAAUAUGUAGGCAUUUUAACGCCGUAGUUCAUAUGUCGUCUAUGCUGAAGAAGUUACUGUCAUCAAACUUUUGUUUAAUUUAUAUGAGUAGCAUCUUACGGUUCUCUUUCGUCGGUGUCAUGUUAAGUAAUACAAGACUAUUGACGACUGUUGUUGAACGAAUUGCGAUGAUCUUCUUUGCUUCUGGUGAAAUAUUACAAUUUUAUAUAUUGUGUUCUAAUGUACAAAAAUUAUUAGAUGCGAGUACGGAAAUGACAUAUAUGGCAUUUCAUGAAAAUUGGUAUCAAUCGCGGCUGUCAAUAAAACGCAAAUUUAUGUUAUUAAUAUUAGGCAAUAGUCUAAAAUGUAGAAUUGCCGCAUUUGAAAAGUUUACUAUUUCCCUGCCAUCAUUUAUGACACAUAAAGCCAAGAAGAGGAGAUAA